AUGAUCCUGCGGAUGAGAAUAGUGUGGCUGUUGCAAGAGCCACUUUGGGGAACACAGUGUUUGGUUCACAGGGUAUCUGAUGGGGAACUAUGGGCAGCGGACGAGUUCACGAACCAGAGCAAGGCAGAAGUUGGUGGUGUCUCUGAUAUGGUCAAGAGAGGGGACCGGCUCACAGAUGAACAAGGAAAGCCAAAGACGACUGAUGAGAUUGAAGAUCGGAAGCAAGGGAGAAGAAGCAGUCCUGUUAUGUGGGUGUUGUUUGGCCUUACACAUAACACAAGAGUUGAGGACUGGCCUGCUAUGUUUGUGCUUGGUAGCCCUGACGCUUGA